CACACACACACACACAGGUCUCUGACGACACAUGAACACACACUCAGAAUGAGCCAGCUCUGAUCAGACGGAGGUGAUCUCUGAAAUUGCUCAGUGAGCACCCCUAAUUUCCCUGAUUCACAUCCUGUCAAUCACACCCAAUGGACUCCAAUCAGAAAGCAAGCGGGGACGGACUGGUCGGGACUCAGAAGGAGGCGGCUUUGCGGACCCUGGUCCAAAGAACUGGAUACCAGCUAAUACAGGAGAACGGUCAACGGCGGUACGGUGGACCCCCACCUGGCUGGGAUGGACCCCCACCUGAGAGGGGCAGCGAGAUCUUUGUGGGGAAACUUCCCAGAGAUCUGUUUGAAGAUGAACUGGUCCCUCUGUGUGAGAAGUUUGGAAAACUCUACGAGGUGAGGAUGAUGAUGGACUUUAACGGAAACAACAGAGGCUACGCUUUUGUCACCUUCAGCAACAAACAGGAAGCCAAAGCAGCCAUGAAACAGCUCAACAACUACGAGAUAAGGAAUGGGCGUCUCCUCGGUGUUUGUGCCAGUGUUGAUAACUGCCGUUUGUUUGUGGGGGGAAUUCCAAAAACCAAGAAACAUGAGGAGAUCCUGACUGAGAUGAGGAAGGUCACAGACGGGGUUGUGGAUGUCAUUGUCUACCCCAGCGCUGCAGACAAAUCCAAGAAUCGAGGGUUUGCUUUUGUGGAGUACGAGAGUCACAGAGCAGCUGCCAUGGCCCGACGCAAACUUCUACCAGGACGGAUCCAAUUGUGGGGCCAUCCCAUCGCUGUGGACUGGGCGGAGCCUGAGGUGGAGGUCGAUGAGGACACCAUGGCAACUGUCAAGAUUCUGUACGUGAGGAACCUGAUGCUACAGACAACAGAAGAAACCAUCGAGAAAGAAUUCAACAGCAUAAAACCAGGAGCAGUGGAGCGAGUGAAGAAGAUCAGAGAUUACGCCUUCGUCCAUUUCAGUCAGAGAGAAGAUGCCAUUAAUGCCAGGAACGCUCUGAAUGGGAAGGUGGUGGAUGGCUCUCCCAUUGAAGUGACUCUGGCCAAACCGGUGGACAAAGACAGUUAUGUUCGUUACACCAGAGGAACUGGAGGAAGAGGAGGCUCGGUUUUGCAGACUGACUACACCACCUACAGCCUGGGCCAGGUAGUGUAUGAUCCAACAGCAGCAUACCUCGGUGCGCCGGUGUUUUAUGCCCCCCAAGCCUACGCAGCCAUACCGGGUCAGUUCCGCUUCCCUGCAGCCAAAAUUCAUACAGGAGGUCGAGGUUUGAUCAGGACUCCAUCUGUCAGAGGUGAGGAAGAACAGGAUGUUCUGUUCACAUCAUCUGUUUACAGAACCGGUUCAAACCACCUGAUCACAUGACCUGAUCACAUAACCUGAUCCAGACCUGAUCACAUGACCUGAUCACAUGGCCUGAUCCAGACCUGAUCCAGAACCGAGCACAUGACCCGAUCACAUGACCUGAUCCAAACCUGAUCACAUGACCCGAUCCUGACCUGAUCACAUGACCUGAUCACAUGAAUCAAUCAUAUGACCUGAUCACAUGACCUGAAAACAUGAAUCGAUCACAUGACCGGAUCACACAAACCGAUCACAUGACCGAUCACAUGACCCAAUCACAUGACCUGAUCACGUGACCGAUCACAUGACCUGAUCACGUGACUUGUUCACAUGACAAGAUCAAAUGAAGUGAUCACAUGACAUGAUCACGUGACUUGAACACAUGACCUGAUCACAUGAAUUGAUCACUUGACAUGAUCACAUGACCUGAUCACAUGAACUGAUCACAUGAACCAAUCACAUGACUUGAUCACAUGACCUGAUCACAUGACAUGAUCACGUGACCUGCUCACAUGAUCUGAUCACAUGACCUGCUCACAUGACCUGAUCACAUGACAUGAUCACAUGACCUCAUCACGUGACCUGAUCACAUGACCUGCUCAUGUGACCUGAUCACGUGACCGGAUCAUGUGACCGGAUCACGUGACCUGUUCACGUGACCUGAUCACGUGACUUGAUCACGUGACCUGGAUUCAUGACCUGUUCACGUGACCUGAUCAUGUGACCUGAUCACGUGACCUGAUCACGUGACCUGCUCAUGUGACCUGAUCACGUGACCUGAUCACGUGACCUGAUCACGUGACCCGAUCACUUGACCUAUCAUAUGACCCGAUCACGUGACCCUAUCACGUGACAUGAUCACGUGACAUGAUCACAUGACAUCACAUGACCUGAUCGCGUGACCCGAUCGCGUGACCCGAUCACGUGACCAAUCAGGUGAUCUGAUCACAUGACCUGAUCACGUGACCUGAUGACAUGAUCACGUGACAUGAUCACAUGACA